AUGGAGUCCUCAUACGCGCUACCAAGGGCAUCAAUAUCCCCGCCCAAGAGCCACCUGACCGGCUUCAUGCAGCAUGCCAAUUCCCACUCCCACGGGCAUUCCCGUAGCCAUGGCCACUCGCACGCCCACUCCCACUCCCAUUCGUCGCAGACGCACUCGCCUUCGCCGUUGACCCUUGGACGCUCACCUCCCUCGGCAGCGGUGAGCCACCUGGGCGGCAGCUACUCGCGGUCGCAUCGGAGGAUCAGCCACAGCUCGGGUGUCUCCUUGCGCGGCGGCGAUGGACACAGCUUCAGUUUCGACCAGAACCAGAUGCAGACCGUGUCAAACUCCCACGGCCACUCCGAGUCCCAAUAUCAUGCCCACGGCCAUGACCACGACCAUGACCACGACCAUACCCAUUCUCACAGCCAUGCGUCCGAAUCUCUACCGGCCGGUGCCGGGCCAUACACAUCAUCUCGGCCCACGUUUGAAAAGCCCUCUUAUGCGGCGCCCGAGACGUCGUCCGUUACCUUUGACCAGGUCGCGGCGCCAGGCUCGCUCUCGCGGUUCACCGAGUUUACCAUGCAGUACACGGCGCGCUACCCGGUGGUGCAUGCUGUUAUGAAAGAGAAGGAUUCGCGGCGAAUCUUUUACUUUAUGACGUUCGUUCCGCCCCAUACCACAUCCAGCGGCAUUGUCGCCCAGCUUCUCACUAACGCGUCAUUCUACGGCUACGUGACCGACUCCCUUGGCCUCUUGAGCGACAGCAUCCACAUGUUCUUUGACUGCGUGGCACUGGCCGUGGGCCUGUUUGCGGCAGUGGCUAGCAAGUGGCCACCGAGCGAGCGGUUUCCUUAUGGCUUUGGCAAGAUUGAGACCCUGAGUGGGUUCGCCAAUGGCAUCUUCUUGAUACUGAUCAGCGUCGAAAUCAUGGUCGAGGCCGUCGAAAGGCUUAUGGGCGGGCGGGAGACGACGCGUCUGUGGGAGCUUUUCGUCGUCAGCACGCUGGGUCUUCUGGUGAACCUUGUCGGCAUGUUCUCCUUUGGACACCACCACCACCACGGACACGGCCAUGGCCACAGCCACGGCGAGCACGCAGACGACUUUUCGAGCCUGUCUAAAAAAACCGACAGCUCCCACGACCAUGCCGGUCACAACCACGGCCAUAGCCAUGGCCACAGUCACGGUCACUCACAUGGCGCUUCCCACGGCCACGGCCACGGCCACGACCACAAUCACAGUCAUGGUCAUGGUCAUGGUCACAGCCACGACAACGAGAACAUGUACGGAAUUUACCUUCAUGUCCUGGCAGAUACACUCGGCAGUGCUGCCGUGAUUGUGUCCACAGUCUUGACACAUUUCUGGUCUUGGUCUGGCUGGGAUCCCUUGGCCUCGUUCCUCAUUGCCGUUCUUAUUCUCGGCUCAGCCGUGCCGCUCGUCACGUCGUCGGCCCGCCGCCUGCUGCUGACCAUUCCGGAUGCUGUUGAGUACACACUCCGAGAAACACUGGCGGGCGUGCCGGGUUUGCGUGGCGUCGCCAGCUACUCGGCGCCCAAGUUCUGGAUUGACGACCGCUCGGGAACAGAGGACAAGCUGCUCGGUGUUAUGCAUGUUGUGGCGGUGCGUGGCGCCGACAUGGAGGACGUGCGUGACCGCGUGCGCAGCUAUAUGCUGGAGAAGGGCAUCGACGUCGUGGUGCAGGUUGAGCGUGACGGAGACGGCAAUUGCUGGUGCGGCUCGAACCGGGCAUCGAUUGCCUUGGGCCACGCGGCCAAGCCCAGCGUCAACUUCUGA